AGUGGUGAGGGCCGACGAGGCAAUCUUCUAGACCCCGGCACCCAGCCCGGAAUUAAUCACAGUCCCACCAAAACCUGCAAAAUUUCUAGAUAUUUCGACCAGGACAUGCCUGAGAGCAACGACGACGACAGCGAGAGCCAUCAACACGACAAAUUCCUGCGGUCUGCCAGUCCUCGUAGCCACCCUCGAGAUUUCCUUCCAACCGGCAAACUGAAGUCCCCAGCCCGUUCGACGUCGUACACGACACCCCUCCCACUAUUCACCGAGGAGUCAAAGCCCAAAUCAGGCCAGGCGGCUCCUGCACCGUUGACUGAGCAGAACCUACGGACCCUCCUACGAUCCCUGAACGCAGCAGACUCCAAGAGACAAGAGCCUGGCCGGCGGAGAGGUGUGUCUGAAGCAGCAGAGGGUGUUCCCGAAACAAGCAUCAACGACAAACUUAGUCCUCCUCCCGCUGCCGGUGUCACUCGCACCGCGGGCACAACAGGCUCAGGCCGUGCUGCCUUUGCCUCAGCCCCACCCGCAGUCGCCCUUCCUACUACUGGCCCAAAUCCAACAUCCAUGCGGAAGUCAAAAUCGCCCAAGAAGCAGGACAAAGACAAGGAAAAGAAAAAGUUCAGAAAUAACUCCGACCUGGACACCCAUCCGCUGAAUCUCCCUCCUGACCAACUCCGUCAACAUCUGGCGCAAAUGGCCAGGCAAGAGGCCGAGUCGGCCGGCAGGAUGUCGCUAGAUCGAGAAUUUCCAGACACAAACAACCAUGAUUCCUCCAUGUCCAACGGCACCGCAGGCUCGUCGCAGCCCGCCACCCCUUCCAAAGAAAUUCCCGGCGCCUUCUCCGACCAGGCCAACAGUGAUGCGACGUCCAACGGCACCAACGGCCACCACGAUGAGCGCAGUCCCACGCCUCCUCCACACCGAGUCCCUCCGGCGCCCAAAGUCGACGCCGAGGCCUGCAAGGCCGCUGGGAAUAAAUUCUUCAAGGCCAAGGACUAUGAACGCGCCAUCGUGGAGUACACAAAAGCGGUCGACGCAGAGCCCUCGAAUCCCACGUAUCUGUCAAACCGAGCCGCAGCCUACAUCUCCGCCAACAAAUACAGCCAGGCUCUAGGGGACUCUCUCCAGGCCAGCCGUUUAGAUCCCAAGAAUGAUAAGAUUUUACACCGUCUUGCCCGAAUCUACACCUCCCUAGGACGGCCGCAAGAUGCCCUGGAUACUUAUGCUAAAAUCCCGAAUGCGUCAGCCACGGACACUGCUUUGGCUCGAAAGGCCCUGCAGUCGAUUGAAAUGGCAGAGAAGCAAAUCGAUGCAGAGGACGGAAAUGGAAAUAUGGCUCUUUGGAGCAUUGAACAGGCGCGUCAGACGCUAGGAUCGGGCACACCCACGCCGAGGAGGUGGCAGCUUCUCAAGGCCAAGGCAAAUUUGAAAAUCGGAUCCGCGAAUGCGCUGGGGGAGGUUCAGGGUAUUGCGCAGAAUCUGAUGCGCGAGAACCCCAUGGAUGCCGAAGCCAUUGUACUCGCAGGUCGAGCAUUUUACCUCAAGGACGACAAGCCGAGACAAGGGAAGAGCGAUUAUGAACGAGCCGAAGAUUAUUUCCGACAAGCCCUGGCACUAGAUCCUGACAACUCGGACGCACGGAACUGGUUGCGAACAAUGAAGAAGCUAGACAGAGCCCGGACAUCCGCCAAUGACAUGUUCAAGCGUGGCAAAUACUCGGACGCCGUCGAUGCUUACACGGAAGCUCUCACCAUUGAUUCCACCAACAAGGUCACAAAUGCCAAGCUCUUGGGGAAUCGUGCUCUAGCCCGGAUCAAAAUCAAGGAGUACGAUGAAGCCAAAGCCGACUGCGAUCAGGCCCUCAAACUUGACCCAAGCUACACCAAGGCCCGCAGAACCCGGGCCAAAGCCACAGGGGAAAGCGGCGACUGGGAACAAGCCGUCAAGGAUCUGAAAUCCCUGUCCGAAGACAACCCCUCUGACGCCGAUCUGGCCAAAGAACUCCGCAACGCCGAACUCGAACUCAAGAAAUCCAAGCGAAAAGACUACUACAAGAUCCUAGGCGUGGACAAGGACGCGGGUGACAAGGAGAUUGAGAGAGCCUACAAGAAGAAAGCAGCUGUGUUACAUCCAGACAAGACACAAGGGGAUAAGCAGAAGGAAGAGGAGUUCAAAGAUUGUCUUGAGGCCAAGGAGACGUUGCUCGAUCCCCAGAAGAGGCAGAUAUAUGAUUCGGGAGCUGAUCUGAUGGAGCCGGGCAUGGGCAUGGGUGGAUUCCCCGGUGGCAUGGGAGGCUUCCCUGGUGGUUUCGGAGGCAUGGGUGGAUACCCCGGGGGUGGAUUUGGAGGUAUGGGUGGAGGUGGUGGUGUGCAGAUCGAUCCGGAGAUGCUGUUUAACAUGAUGAACGGAAUGGGUGGUGGAGGACCUGGCGGUGGUGGCUUUAGAUUCAGUUCCGGUGGAGGACGAGGGGGAUACUCACCGUUUGGUUGAGAUUAUCUCCAGCCAGAGCCUUGAGAUGGAAGGGGGCCACUUAUCUCCGGCGCUGAGGUGGGUGCGAGGACGUCGACGAGAUCCUCAUUCCAAGGUGGCCCGGGGAAGGAAAACAAAGAGCGGAAAGAAAUACGAUGCCACCGUUACCGGCGGAAGCGAAACAGCAAGGACAAGAAGCCAGCAGUGCGAGCCAGACACAGCUUCAAGCCAGAUUCCAUAUCCAGCUCCGGCCAGCCAGUGCAGUACAUAACUGGUCCAUACCCAAAUGCAUUGAAGCCUGAGAGGGAUCAAGGACAAGACCGAAAUCUUUCAGCCUGGCGCCAUAUGCUCCGCAAGGUGGUGAGAGCCGCUGGAAGCUGCAGCCGUGCCGUUCUACCCAGCAGCACGAGAGGCGCAGCGUUGGGCGGACUUAGGAGGUUCAGGCGACGGUGUCGGAUUAGCAUUUACAUAGCGUCACGGUGCAUUGAAUAGAGGCCGCGGCCGCUGCGGCCCUUCAGGAUCAUACGGUCAAUGGUUUUCUUGUUUGUCGAUGGGCUUUUGGGACUUUUACUUCUCGUCCCGCAAUCCCGGUUUUUCUAUUCUGUGGGCGCCUAUGGCUGGCGAUUCGACAAGGCUGAGGAUGAAGAUGACACCGGAUGAGUGAGCUCUGCGGGGGUGAGGACGGGCUGGAUGGAGCCACGAGGACCAAGGCAGAAACAGAUACAAGGACAUCAAGACUUGAGGCGUUUUCGUGAUCACCGCCAUCGUUGUCGUUGUUGUUAGCAUGGUCGCCGAGAUCUCCUUGUCCACACUCUUCCCAAUGCUUGGUUGUGUGGUGCUGCUUCACCUGCUGGACCGGCUUCUCACGUUUCUUUUAUGGCCACUCUAGAACAAGUCUCGGUCUCAAUAACUGGCAGGGAGACGUGAGGCUAGGAGAACCGAAAAGAGGUAGACUAGUGGUGACGGGAGCCCGACACCUGUGGAUCG